UGAACGGGCAAGAAGCAACAAAGUUAAGCUAAGUUGGCGCUGGUCGCUCUGGCUUAGAAGGAAGGGGGACUUGGGUGUUUUAUUUGGUAUUUGGUAUGGGAAACAAUGGCCACUUUUAUUUUAUUUUUUUCUUUUGACCGCCUUAAACGAUUCCCACCUCGAGACCCAUCCGAGUCUAGUUCUAGCCUGUACUGUCAAUACUGCCCAGUUGCCCAAGAAAGCCGCUUCAAAUCCGCAGCGAGAUCCAGAGUACCUAAGCAAAUCGUCGACAAAUCGCACGCAAGGGAAUGCACCCUGGGUCCGAUUUCGCCAUUUCAUCGAUCUUACGUGCAAUUGUCUGUACUCCUAUGAGCAUCCAAUAUACCCAAUACACCGCACCUCGUCGUCUGCUUUCUUUGGUCCUUGGUCCUGCGCGAUCCCGUUAGUCUUAAGAAACUGCGAAACCUAAAACCGGGACGGCAGCCAAACGAACCAAACGGCACAUCAACGGCAUAUACGGCAUAACACCUGGAUGGUCACUGCUCAGCACGCAAUCUCACCUCGUUUCACCGUACUCUUUAAUGAUCACCAUAGUCUCUCGGAUGGUGCAAUCUGAAUAAACCUCCCCCUAGGGCUUUGUCCUUCGACCCGGCCACCAAUCUAAUUCCCCUCGACUCACCACCAUGGAUAGUAUCUCGCCCAUACCGAUACCCAACGGCCACGAGCCGUCGUCGAGACAGAAUGGUCACACUUUGCUUGCAAACAACGCCACCCUGACGAAUCUAAACCUCAUAUCUCCACCUAAGGGCUACGAUCACCUACAAAGACCGUCGCUAUCGUCUUUCCCGAGCGAUCAUCCUAAUUCGAAACCGUCGAGAGACAAUUGUGAUAGACGACGGCCUGAGGAUACAGAGGACGCCUCUCGUCUAUCCAAUAUGUCCCAACAACUUAUGACCCAAUCUGUCACCCCCUUCCUGCGGGAACAUAUUCCUGGAUUAUAUGCCCCGAUAGGAAAACCCGAUCUUCCGUCUAUGACCGCUUUAAAGACGAAGGACCCGAAUAGUAAAUAUUGUUAUCGGCACCGCCCGGAUUCGAAAUGCCGUAGGGCGGCUGACGAGAAUAAAAUGGGAGUAAUACAAAGUGCCCUUGAAACAUUGCCUGACGCUGAUCGACAGGCCAUCACAAAUGUUUGGUCUUUGUUCUCCGCUGCCCCUUCGAAACAUCGCGAGCUUAUGCUGCAAGGAAUCAUCACCCAAUGUUGCUUCCCACAACUCUCCACCGUUUCUCGAGAAGUUCAUGAACAAUUAAAGAUCGACUUUCUCACUGCCCUGCCGACCGAACUUUCUUUGAAGAUUUUAUGUUACCUCGAUUGCUCUUCCCUUUGCAAGGCUGCGCAGGUUAGCAGGCGCUGGAAUACUCUAUCGGGUGACGAUAUCGUCUGGCAUCGAAUGUGUGAGCAACAUAUUGGACGCAAAUGUGUGAAGUGUCAAUGGGGUCUGCCAAGGUUGGAGAAAAAGCGAUUGAAGGAAUGGAAAAUUCAACGACAGGCUGAUGUAGAAUCCCAAAGAGCACUGGCAGUUAUUGGCCACAGCCCUUCAGUUGUAAGCCCUGCUAAGCGUGGCGCAUCGACUUUGGAGUGUACCGAAUCCGAAUCCGCUUCCGCGAAACGUCAAUGCGCCAACGGUGUCGGCAACGGGAAUAAGCCUACGGGUACACAGAAAUUUAGACCAUGGAAGGAUCUGUACCGAGAAAGGUAUCGGGUUGGGUCCAAUUGGCGCUACGGUAGGUGUACCAUCAAAACGUUCGGCGGGGAGCAUACAAACGGGAUAACGGCUCUGCAAUUCGACGACAACAUCCUUGCUACGGGUUCCUACGAUUCGAAAAUCAAGCUUUGGGAUAUCGAGAAGGGUGAAGUUAUAAGGACUCUCCAUGGCCAUACGAUGGGGAUUCGAGCGCUCCAAUUUGAUGAUCGGAUGCUCGUUUCAGCUAGUCUGGACGGCACAGUCAAAAUAUGGAACUGGCGAACAGGCGUUUGCAUCAACACCCUCAACCAUCAAGGCGGCGUCAUAACUGUGCAUAUGGACGGUGACCUUCUAGCGUCGGGAUCCAUGGAUAAGUCGAUCAAGAUUUUCAACUUUAAAACUCAGCAGUCAUAUUCUUUGCGAGGUCAUACCGAUUGGGUGAAUCAUGUUCGCCUCGAUAUGGCAUCGCGUACGGUACUCUCUGCUUCUGACGACUGCACGGUAAAGCUUUGGGACCUCGACUCUAAGGUCUGUAUUAAGACGUUCGAAGGCCACGUUGGACAAGUUCAGCAGGUUCUUCCACUUCCGGACGACUAUGAGUUUGAGGAUGAGACUACUCGAGAUGGGGAUGCAGCCUCUGUGUCUAGUAGUCAUAGUGGUACACCCCCUGGUUGUUCGUCGUCCUCGAUAUCGCAGGCUCAGAUGGAUGAAGAACGAGCUGCAUAUGGACAUAUCUUCCAGAAUGACCCCGAACGGCCCUUACCCCCGCGGUAUAUGCUUACUGGGUCCCUGGACGCGACAAUGAGGCUUUGGGAUACGGCGACAGGAAAGAGCCCGCGAACCUUCUUCGGGCACGUUGAAGGCAUCUGGGGUCUUGCGGCCGAUUCUUUGCGAUACGUCACUAGUGCUAAUGACGCGACGGUCAAAGUUUGGGAUGCUCGAACCGGAAAGUGCGAGCGAACAUUUACAGGUCAUUCUGGUCCCGUGACCUGCGUAGGAUUAAGCGACAGCCGAAUGGCAAGCGGAAGCGAGGACGGAGAAGUGCGACUUUAUAGCUUUGAGGGUGAACCUUCAGAAGUCGAAGAAUUUGGAACCCCUGCUUAAUCCUUUUUCUUUCGAACAGCACCGGAGUUUCUUAUAGGCUCGAAGGGAGCCGAUUCUUUUACCGAUUUACGAUAACGCAAUUUUGAUUUAUGGGGCGUCUAAAUAUACCACUUCACCUAUACCGGCCGGCUUACUCAAGGAAUGUCAAAAAAAGAGCUGGGCUUGGCGAUACUUGUCUUUUCGAUUAGGACAUCUAACAGGAUUAUGGAAAGGCGGCGUCUAUUACUUAGAAAAAUUUAAAGAAGGCGUAUAGGAAUAUGAACAGGGUUAGUAGCACCGUGGCAUCGUGUGCUGCAGAGGCAGUUGUUACGAACUAGGGGUUGGGGAUGAUGGAGUCUACGAAAUAUUCAACAUUGCCCUACGUUGUGUAGGGGGGAAUCGAGGAGAAGAAUAUCUAUGCGAUUAUAUUAUAAUGAAUCUAAUCUGAUCUAUGGAUCUAAUACUUAUAUGGC